AUGAUAGCAUUUAUCUCGAGUGGAACAAUUUGGCCUUCAAUUCACGGAAUGGCAUCUGUCAAUUGUAAAGCUAAUAUUAUGUCCAAUGAUUCGACUAAAUUUCAUAACUAUUACUAUAAGAAUAAUAGUUUGCAAUAUCAAAGUCUAUGUGAUCGGUACUCAGAAGGGGUGAAUAUUCACAACUAUCAAAAACUUAAAGAUCAUGAAUGUGAAACAAUAGCAAAUGCGUGCCGAAUUCCCUCUUGUUCAGCGGCCAUCGAUAUUGUGGUGUUGUGGGUCAAUAUCGACGACGGCAAUUUGAAAAAUUUAUUUCGUUCAAUUAUUAGUUCUCCUGAACUGGUUUUAGAUUCUAGGCACAAUCAAAUUUCCGAGAACAGAGUUCAUGAUUUCAAGCAACAGAAUCGACUUUUAAGACCAAGUAAGCAAUACUUUAGUAUGAUGAGAUCACCUCUGCGCGAUUCGAUUUCCUCGAACCGGUUUCGUGAUUUGAAACAGUUGAAAUAUUUUCUCAGAUCUGUCGAAGAAAAUGGCAGAGAAUGGGCCAGAAGGAUAUUUCUUAUAACAAAUAAUCAAGUUCCAGAUUACCUAAACAUUAAUCAUUUGAGAAUAAGAAUUGUAAAUCAUCAACAACUUUUCAAGUACACAAAUGUAACACCUCCAAAACAUCCUCUAUUCAAUUCAAUGGCAAUUCAAUCCAUGGUACACAAUAUUCCAACUCUAUCAUCUCCAUUUUAUUUAUUCGACGAUGACAUAUUGAUCAGAAAAUAUUUACUAGUUACUACAAUUAUUGAUGGGAACAAAAGUAUAGUUGACUUGGGUAAUAAUCUGUUCAAUAUACUUUCCAAGCCACUGUCACUCUUUGACAACCAUGUACAUACUGCUAUCAAUAUGGUAAAGAGGAUUAAAUCAAUUAGUUUACUUGGAAGUAAUGAUCUGCAUUAUAUUGCUUUUCAUGGUCCAUUACUUCUUUAUCGAGAAAUUGGUAUUAAAAUAUGGAAUGAAUUUCGAGAGGAAAUGAAAUUGAUGAUUUCACAUCCAUUCAGAAUGCCUACAGACCCUUCAAUACAAACACUGUAUAUUUACAUGGGCUAUUCGGAUUAUUAUACAUUUUUAAAAACACGAAACAUACUGAAAUUUGAGAUGCUAACUAAUUCUCAACCUGAGAAAAUUCGAAAUACGUUGCGAACUGCAUUUGCUGAUAAAACUGUCUAUUUUGUGUGUGUAAAUGACGACUUUCAAUUAUUGACUAAACAGAUGCAACAGUGUGUGAAUGAAGCAUAUGACAGCAUUUUCCCAAAGUGUUCUUCAUUUGAAUAUUAA